AAGAAGCUAAGGGAGGAAAUCUCCAAUUUGGAGCUCGAGAAGGGGUUUCUUGAACAUGAGAGGGCAAUCCACGAGGAGGCAAAAAAGAAUGAGCAGUUAAUGCAAGCUGCCAAGGAGGGAGAGCUGGCCAAUGCCCAGGCCAUGUAUAAGGAACUCGAAGCCAAACUGAAGGACUAUGGGGAAACCCAUAUACCAAAAACAGAGUUGCAGAAAUGGAUGACUGCAUUUUGGGCCAGAAUGAUGCCCACUGGAGGGAUGGUCAAUAUCAUGGUGGGCAUCAGUGAAGUAGCUAUUGCACUAAGCGCCCAUGGUGUGGCUGUUGCCGCUAUCGAAAGGAUGGAAUCUGGAAAGCCUGUCAAUGCCAGCUGGCUACAACAAUUCGUGAAACCGCAUCCUUCCAAAACCCUGCAUGAAGCAAUGAAGAAUGCGUUGAUGCAUCUUGGCACUGAACAACUCCCUUUGUUCGGGCCCUUGUGUAGCGCUAUCCCCCAAAUGGGUUCACCCUCAGAAAUCAUUUCCUUUGAAGGAGAUGCCCCAACAGUGUUACCUGCUGAGCCUGGGAAAGAGAUACGGGUACCCGAGCUUGACCAGGAUUUCAUUGGUGUCAAGUUAGUUUCUGAUGAAAAUUCCUCUGAGAACAUCGAGGAGGAUAAGGAAGAGGAGCGGGGGCCUGAAGUUGAGAAGGAACAGGCAGGCGAGAAAGAGAUUUCCUCGACUCAGACUCUUGUCGAGGGAACUAGUGAGAGCCAACCGAAUAUCCCGCCCAACCCAAAUGCCGUAUGA